UUUGUUUGUUUUAGUCGAUUUCGUUGAGAAAAGAGAGAGAGAGAGAGAGAAGUAAUGGCGAAGAGUAGUAGAAAUACAAAAGGAAAGAAAAAGAAUAUUAAUAUUGGUGGUAUAUUAAACCUGAAUAUAGUGGUGGAAAGGCUGCAGAAGAGUCUACUUUCAGGCGGCGGCAAGAAGUCUUACUCCGGCGAAAAAGUGCCGGAGGAUGUGAAGGAAGGGCACUUUGCGGUGAUAGCUGAGGAAGAAGAUGAGUUGAAGAGGUUUAUUGUGCCUUUGAAUUAUCUGACGCACCCUUCUUUCUUGAGGCUAUUGGAACUAGCUGCUGAGGUGUACGGCUUCGACCAUGGCGGAGCGCUGACUGUACCCUGCCGCCCGGUCGAGCUUGAGCGGAUACUGGCCGAGCGAUGGGUGGAGGACGAAAGGGUUUCUACGGUGGCUGAUGCUGGUGGUGCAGAUAAGUGGGGUUCGUGCAAUGAAACCACUGUGUGGAGCUACUGAUGCAUGAUCAAAUUAAUUAUUAAAGGAUGUUGUUCGUUAAAUUAAAUAAUGUUGUUAAUUGUCAUCAACUCGGAUGUGUACUAUUCCUAGAGUAAGAUCAUGAGGUUGUUAAUUCCAUAUAUUAAUUCCACAUUUGUUAAUGUCAAUAUUUCAGUUAAU